AUGGAUUCUUGCUCUGAUGAUAUCUCUCAGGGCGGUACAGACGAAAGCUUAGCACAGGUUGAUCGAGAUCGCAGGACUGUGGGCCAAGGCAUUGUUCACUCCACGGAAAUCUUCCUUCGGUUUCUGGUGAAACCAUUUCACGAAUCCCUGCCACCCAACUGUUGUGCGCCAUUUCGUAAAGAAUGGAUUCUUGCUCUGAUGAUGCCUGUCACAGUACAGACAAAAGCUUAG